AUGGACGAAGAUGAUCGCUGCGAGCAGUGUGGCUCUACGGACUUUUUGGUCGAGGACGAUGGUCGGACGUAUUGCGAAAACGGCCAUGACCAGGGCAGAGCGCCGGUCACGGGCGAAGACGAGUUGGAUUUUGCGAGACAAGGCAGAGUCCUGAAGAAAAAGGAGGCCAAAGAGAAGCAAAAGGUUUCCGCUGUCUUACACGGAGCCAAGGCAUAUCAACUAUAUCUUCAGUCAUGGCAACUUAUCUUGCGGAAGCAGUGCUACGCGCUGGUGCAUCACAAGGGGUUGCCGCCAGAACUUUGGACGAUCGUCAAAGACUUAUGGAUGCUGUGGCUGUCGAGACUUGACCAUCGUCUACACGAUCCCGCCGAGUCGCAAGGACGCACUGAUCCGGCAAGCGAAGCCGAUCCAGCUACGACCUCUGCCAACGAGACCGACACAGACACGGAUGUCGAGAUUGAUGAGCGGAGGCGAAGUCGCAAGAAGCGCGACCCCUUACACAGUGGCCCGAUGUUGAUCGAUACCGCUGCCCUGAACUACCUGGGCGUUCUUCUGCUUCGGAGGCCAAUCGGGCUCGCAACCAUGCUGAAAUGGAUCGAGCAGGAAGACAUCCCCUUUGUCCGCGCCAUUCGGCACGUUCCUGCAGAAAUGAAGGGCCGGUUGCCCGGAGAAUAUCGCCUUUCUCUGGAUACCAUGAGACUCCUGGAGCGCGACGAUUUCCAAGUUGCCGUGUACCGUGUCGCGAAGAUGUACAGCAUGUCCUUCGGGAUGAUGAUGCCUCCAUUGAACCAGCAUCUACUUCUGUUCAGCCAUGUCCGCUCGCUCGCCCUUCCAAUCGAGGUGUACAGUCUAGCUCAGCGGUUGAACGCAAUUACAGCCUACCGAUUUUGUUAUCCCGACACGACGGCCUAUCGAACCACGAGACGCCAACCGACCACAUACCCCGAGGCGCAACUGAUAUCGCUUAUUGUCGUUGCCACGAAGCUCCUGUUCCCGUUCGACGCGCAGACCGUCAAGCGGUAUCCGAAAGAUCCCAACGACCCGACGACUUUGCGCAUGGACUGGGCUGUAUGGCUGAAAGCUAAACAGGGAUUCGACAAGGCGACUACGGAAUCCAUCAACGCCGCAAGCGGUGGCGUGGACCGCCUCAAACCCGGAUCAGAGAUCCACACCAAAGACAGCGAUAUUUUGAACAUGACCGACCGCCAACUCGACCAAUACAUGGACUGGUACCAGCGAACCUGGAUCGACAAUAUCAGCCACCAACACACUCAAUCCCAAUCCAAAUCCCAAGAGAACACGCUCGACAAGGAGAUCUUGGAUAUGUUUCCGCUCCACGACCUUCCAGAGCACCCUAGGACACGGGAAGAUGACGAGAAGGUAGCAGCCGAGGAGCAGUCCCGUCUGUCGGCCCGGCUUAGGGAAGUCCAAGCCUCGCUUGCCUCGCGCAGAGCAGUUUCCUCAGAGGAAGAAGCUCAGCGAGGCCUUGAGCUUCUCCGUCCGGGCGCCAUGUAUCUGCAGAUCCGGAAUCUCGAAGAUCUCGCCCACACAGAUGAGCCGGUCAAGGUGUUUCACGAGGAAGCGGCGCACACGGCAUGUCUGAGCGUCAAGGCAUUGUUGAGAGCCGUCAACUAUUCUGAAGAACGCAUUGAUCAGUGGCUCAUGGCUCAGAGACGGGAAGAAGUGUGGAGGAAGGACGAGGGCGAUGGAGGCGAAGGGGAAGACGAGGACCAUGACGACGACAAUGACAAGGUUCUGGAAGAACAAGGAAAAGAAGAAACACACCAGCAAAUAGCAUCGGAAGACGAGGAUGCUGAAUCUGGGGUGCCAAUGGUGCUCGCCACAAGUCCGCCAACGGCCACGGCCACAGCUUCAGCUUCAGGAACUCUCGCUAGAGACUUGAGUGGUCUAGACAUCCAAUCGUCACCGGUGCCCAACAACGGACCGUCCUCGGACGAGGAGAUGGAAAUGGAGAUGGAAAUGCAAACGUAG